AGGCGUUGGUGCUCUGGCCACAAACAGAGCACAGGGGAGUGCAGCAGAGUGCAAGUGAGAUGGCUCUUAGAAAGAAAAAGAGCAAUCGCAGCUCUAAAUGACAGAAAAGAAGGACGUGUCAGCAUCGCGCUGUUAGGUUCGCUUGAGUCAGACUCUCUAUAACCCUCCAGGCAGCACAGAGAGAGACACAGAAGCCAUCAAUGGAACUGUCAAAUUAUCCAAGGUCGAGGGGGCACGAAGAGGCCCCCCCAGCCCUCCUGCCUGAUCUGUCCCAAGUGAAAAACAGCAGCUUCAGUGCUUCCCAACAACAGGGUUACUCUGCAACCAUCUUUCUGCGCCGGAAAGAUAAACUAGAGAAGACUCAGCAGAAGUGCAUCGCCAUCUUUGCACUGCUAUGCUGCUUUGCUGUGCUAUUGGUGCUUAUCUUCUCCUCUGUGGAUAUUUGGGGGGACAGUGAGGAUGGAAUCACAGAAGAGAACUGUCGCACAGACUGUCGCAUUGUCCUUGUAGAAACAAUCCCUGAGGAGCUUAAAGAACACUUGAAUGGCGGACCCCACCUGUCACUCUUAGCAGGCUUCCACACUCUGCUGGACCAAGCAAAGCACUCAGUCCAGAUAGUGUCACCAGUCUGGAACUUGAGGCCUUCAGAAACUAUGCAAAGCAGAGAAAGACUGGGUCAACCUUUAUUCCAGAGAUUGCUCAGCUUGAAAUCCCGUGGGGUCAAACUAAAGAUUGCCAGCAGUCUGACUAACUCUACAGAGCAAAAGAUUUUGGCAGAACACAACGCAGAGGUGCAUUUGGUUAACAUGACAGCUUUUACCAGAGGACAACUCCAUUCCUCAUUCUGGAUCAUAGAUCGGACACACUUUUACAUCGGCAGUGCUGACAUGGACUGGAGGUCAUUCUCCAAGAGAAAGGAGCUGGGCCUGAUGGUGUACAACUGCAGUUGUCUGGCUCUGGACCUUCACAGAAUAUUUUCUUUUUAUUGGCAACUCCAUGAUAGAGACUACAUCCCCUCAAUCUGGUCUAAGAGAGUUACAGCGCUCUAUGGGAAUCAUCAGGCCCUGGAGUUAGAGCUCAACAAUACCCCUGCAGUUGCAUAUGUCUCUACCUCUCCUGAUCUCUUCUGUGCUAAAGAGCGCACUAGAGAUGUAGAUGCUAUCUAUCACGUCAUGCAGAGUGCAAAUGCAUUCAUCUUCAUUUCUGUGACGGACUACCUCCCUCUGGUGACCAGGGGGCUUAGAGGAAUCUCAGUCACAAGGUACUGGUCACCGCUUGAUGAAAUGAUCAGAGAGGCUGUAGUUCUGAGAGGGAUCAAAGUUCGCCUGCUCAUAAGCUUCUGGAAGAACACUCACCCACUCACCUUCAACUUCGUCACCUCCCUUAAGUCACUGUGCGUGCAGCUAUACAAUUGUUCCUUAGAGGUGAAGUUUUUCAGUCAGAAGGAGAAAAAAGACGACGCUCAACAUGGGCUAAAUCACAACAAGUACAUGCUGACGGACAAUGCAUUUUACAUUGGGAACCACAACUGGGUGGGGAAUGAAUUUUCCGAUAAUGGUGGAGUCGGGCUAGUGGUCCAGAUGAAAAACGGAGGAGGGAAGGUCUUGGAACAAAUAAAAACUGCCUUUGACAGAGACUGGACUUCGCCUUAUUCUAAGAGCCUGCUAGGAAAUAAAGAUCAAGACAAUAAAUACAGACACCUGCACCAAGUGAAUACUAAGGAAGAGAACGAGUGGAAGAAUGGUCUUGUAGUCUAAAAGUCUACUCUUUCUGUAACUUACAUUUAACUGGAAACACUAUGCACUGAUUUCAAUGUCUUUUACAAUGCUUUAAUUUUUAUGUAUAUUUAUGUAACAACACACUAUUUUAUUAUAUUCUGGUUGGCCAUUAAUUACUACAGUUUAUGAUGGUAAUUUUGUACAAUCCAGGACAUUUAUUCAAACAAGUAAGCAGCCUAUAGUCAUUGUGUAUGGUACUAAAAGUGUAGCUAUACUGUAUAUCAUAAACAAUCAUUCACAAGCGUCUUUACAUAACCCAAUGCAUGUUUUGGCAUGGGGUAGGAAAUCUGACCAGAAAGAAAAAUCCCAACUUGAAUCCAGAACUUUGAAUGUGAAGCAGCUAUACUAACAUACUAUCCUGUCAAGUACCAUCAAUUUUAUGCCACUGCUGUAAAAUUUAGUUGUUUUUCUUCCUGUUGUUAUUCAUUUUCUUCUUGGUGAGGACACAAACUAAAUUGCUACUUCUCCUUUAUUCGUGGAUGGUCAGAAUGAAAUUUGGUUGGUACAGUAUACUCUAGGGAUAUACAGUAUAUGCAUCAAUUUCUUUUUUGAGGGGGGGUCUCAAAGCAGAGUAAUUAGAUUAAUUAAUUGCGGAAUUCAAAUUGCUGUGCCUCCAUUAUUCGUGGAUGUAUCACAAUUAAAUUUGGACCUGAUUUCUUAUUUCUGUCUUUAAACUGCUUUAUUCGAUUAACUAAUUGUAGACUUAUUGUUGCCCUUCGGUUUUUAAUUAUCCGGUAGAGGGCAUGCGCGCUCUUUUGUUGGGCUUCUCAUGUCUCUGGGCUGACGUUUAGGGAGCGAGC